UACCUUUCUCUUUCCAGAAUUUAUGUGGUUUCUCUCUCUCAUCUUUUGACAUUCGCAUAUCUUGUGUUGUGCAGCAGAUGAAUCGUCAUUGAUUGUGCGUGAUGGUUGACAGCGUAGUGUUGCGUGUUUGUGAAAUAAAAAUUGAUUGGAAUCACAACGAAGAGGGAACAUGCCACAGGAUGCUGCGCAAAGCCAAAUGGGUAAACCCCCUAAAAGCAAGAGAAUAACAAUUCCACGGGUCCAGAGCAACACAGAUAAUGAAAACCACCCAGCUCUUUUUCCUAGCUGGCGCUCAGAUCUUGACUCUGAAGUGCCUGUACCACCCACAUUUAGAUCAAGACUGCAUGAUCUGUUCAACCAGAUAGAGAAAGAAUUUGAAGCACUUUACACAGAGAAUUUAAAUUUGCAAGAAAAGAUUGACAGCCUAAAUGAACGACUAGAGAGGGAAUCCUGUAUUGGUGACAAGCAGAGCUGUGAUUUUCCUGAUUUUGACAAUGCAUAUUCAAAAAGUCUUUCGAAACAGAAAUCGGUGACUGGUUCAUCACAGAAACUGAAAACAGCUCACAAACUGAAAGCACAGACAAGCAAGAUUGUAUCUAGUUUCAAAGGUCCAACUGUCAGUUGUUCCUUAGUCCGUGAAUUCUCGGGCCAUAAGGAUGGUAUCUGGGAUGUGGCAACAGCACGCCCUGGUCAGCCACUCAUUGGCACAGCUUCUGCAGAUCAUACAGCAUGCAUUUGGAGUGUGGAAACAGGUCGUUGCUUGCUGCAGUAUCAAGGUCACCAGGGUUCUGUGAACUCUAUACGUUUCCAUCCGAAUAAAGAUGUUGUCCUGACAGCGAGUGGAGAUUGUACAGCUCAUGUGUGGCAGGCAGCAGUCACCUGGGAUCAACCAGUGAAAGGUCAGUCAUCUGAUGAAGAUCCAGACUCAUGUGAGAAGGAUGAUUUUGGUUGUGAAGACACCAGCAGUGGAGCACCUUGCCUCCGUACACCCGUUUGUGAAUUGACAGGACAUGCUGGAGUGGUUGUUGCUGCUGAUUGGUUACCUGGUGGUGAACAGGUGAUAACUGCUUCAUGGGACCGCACCGCCAACUUGUAUGAUGUUGAAACGGGUGAAUUGUUGCAGUCUCUUGGAGGUCAUGACCAAGAGUUAACACAUACUUCAUCACAUCACUCCAAUCGUCUUGUUGUCACAUCAUCAAGGGACACAACAUUUCGACUGUGGGAUUUCAGAGAACCAAUUCAUUCAGUCUCUGUUUUUCAAGGACACACAGAGACUGUUACUUCUGCAGUAUUUACACGUGAGGACAAAGUUGUUUCUGGUUCAGAUGACAGGAGUGUAAAAGUAUGGGACUUAAGAAAUAUGCGAUCACCCCUUGCAACUGUACGUGCUGAUUCAGCUGUAAAUCGUUUGGCAGUAUCUGCUGGAGGUGUUGUUGCAAUACCACAUGACAACCGACAAGUACGUUUAUUCGACUUGAAUGGUCAGCGAGUUGCUAGGUUACCACGCACGAGUCACAAGGGACAUAGACGGAUGGUAUGCUCUGUAGCAUGGGCUGAUGAAAACACAAGUGUGCCAUGCAAUUUCUUUUCAUGUGGAUUUGAUCGACUGAUACUUGGCUGGUCUGUCCAGUUGAGCAAAGAUUUGUAGAUUUUGCAGUGGCAAAUUGCUGUGGUCAUUGACCAUUUUAAAGUGUGUAAAAACAGUACACAAUACACAUCGUCAUAUAGAAACUCAUUUUUGAAGGAUAUGUUAAUGUACAUGCUUAUUUCAGAGCAUAUCUGUUUAUCAGUGUCUAAAAUGAAUUCUCAUUUUAUUAUUUGUUGAGUCCCAAUUUGUUGUGUGGGGACUUGUAUAAUAGUCUUGUAAAAACAACUGUUAAGUCAGAUGUAAAUAAGCAUUGAAUGAUAUAGGUGUUGCUGUUUUACAGAUAUUCAUCUAUUCAAUCUUCUGAAAUCCUAUGAGUGCCUUGUUACGUUAUUUUAUGCAGCUCCACGGCAGUUUAUAAUUCACAAAAUUAAUAUUUGCUUAAAACAGUGAGAUGUAAGAGAGUACUGUUAGCCUUAGUAGUUUUACAUCUCGUCUUAAAUGCUUGUUUAUUCUCUUGUGUUUGGCAGUAGAUCUACUAUGUUUCUUGUGCACCAUAUUAAAAAAAAGAGAAAAAUUUUCUGUUA